AUGUUCUAUUUUCUCUGCACGUCGUUGCAAACUAAAUUAAAACAGGCAUCUGUAAAGCAGGUUGAAAGUCGAAAUAAUAAAGACGAAGACUGCUGUGGCCAAUAUAGAAGUAGUUUGAGAAAUUUACUUCCAAACGGAUUUUUGCCUCCACAAAUUAAAUUACAACAAACUCAAAACGGAUUAAAGGUAUCGCAAGUGAAUUCUGAUGAUGGCACAUAUCUUAACCUAUUUGCUCGUCUUGCUGUGAAACUUCAGCCUGAAGCUCCGGAUUUUAAACAAAUUCCUUUCGAUUGGUUUUGUCCGUCAGUCCACGAUAAAUUGGCGAGUAGAACAUGUAAAGAAUGUGGCCUAUAUCACACAUCUAACAAAACCUUACUACAGCAUUUAAAACAUUUACAUCCAAAACAAAAUAGAAAGGGUGAAGUAGUUCGGCGCGUACAACCAACUCGUAUCGCAGCUCGGCGAGCUCGAGAGCUGUUAUGCAUAAUAGAAGAUGAAAACGAUGGUACGGAAAAUGCAGAAUGGUUAGAUGACGAUGAAGUAAACGGUAGUUUUGAAGAAGAAGAUGGUGCAAUACCGAUUGUAGAUAUUUCGGCCCAUUUAGAAAAUCCUUGGACUUCUGAA